UCUCCCGCGUCUGGCAGUAUAGCUACCCAUAUCCCCAACUUCCCGGCGGAACUGUCUCUCUCUCUUUGUCUUUCUCUUUCUUCUCAUAAUACUGUUUGUUCCAAAUGAAAACACUGAUAAAGAUGCAAAGAAAAGAAGCAGAUGAGCUGCCGCCUCAGGUGCCAAUUUCUUGGGUCGAAAUCUCCAGUUCGGUUUCUCGCCAAUUCCAAUUUGAACCUGAUGGUAAGCUGUCGGUCAAGAUGGUUGAUGACUCAAGACCAGUUGCACAGAGAAUGGUUGAAUCCUUUCUGAAUAAAUUUUUUCCAUCUGGUUAUCCUUAUAGUGUGAAUGAGGGCUAUCUGAGAUACACACAAUUUCGAGCACUGCAACACUUCACAAGUGCAGCAUUAUCUGUUUUGUCGACUCAGUCACUGCUAUUUGCUGCAGGCUUGCGUCCUACUCCUGCUCAAGCAACUGCAGUGAGCUGGAUAUUAAAGGAUGGCAUGCAGCAUGUGGGAAAGCUCAUAUGUAGCAACUUGGGUGCACGGAUGGAUUCUGAGCCUAAACGUUGGAGAAUUUUAGCUGAUGUUCUGUAUGACUUGGGGACUGGUUUAGAGGUUAUGUCUCCUUUAUGCCCACAUCUGUUUCUUGAAGUAGCCGGCCUUGGCAAUUUCGCAAAGGGAAUGGCAGUUGUUGCAGCUAGAGCAACAAGAUUGCCGAUAUAUUCUUCAUUUGCCAAAGAAGGAAAUCUUAGUGAUCUAUUUGCUAAAGGCGAGGCUAUUUCCACUCUUUUUAAUGUUCUCGGGCUCGGAGCAGGAAUUCACUUAGCAUCUAAUAUUUGUUCAUCAAUGCAGGGAAAGUUGGUUGUUGCGCCGCUGCUGUCUAUUAUGCACGUUUACAGUGUCUGUGAAGAAAUGCGAGCUACUCCUGUCAACACAUUAAAUCCGCAGAGAACUGCAAUGAUUGUUGCCGAAUUUGUGAAGACUGGAAAAAUCUCAAGUCCUGCUGACCUAAGAUAUCAAGAAAAUCUCGUAUUUCCUGGAAGGCUGAUAGAGGAUGCUGGAAAUGUGAAGGUGGGAAGGUCUCUGCAUGAAGUAGUUAGCCCUUCAAAGCUGCGACAAUUUAAAGAAACAUUUCCGGAGGAAAAGUUCCUUUUAAACCGUGGAAGUAGAUGGACUGAUAUGAUACUGGAGCACGAUGCAACUGGUGAAGAUGCACUGAGGGGUUGGAUGGUUGCUGCUUAUGCUUCAGAUAUGGAACGAUUAGCUAGGGAACCAAGUACAAAUAUCUCACAAGAGGCUUAUGAGAAGAUGAAUUCUGUGUUCUCCCCAUUUUUAGCUGAGCUGCAGGCAAAAGGGUGGCAUACUGAUCGAUUUCUUGAUGGUACUGGAAGUCGUUUUGUGUUUUAGUUCUGUAAGUAUCAAAUUCUUGGUACUUUGUUAUCCUCUUACAUCGGUAUAGUAUAUUGUCACGAAGACACAAGAUUCACUGCAUCAUUUAGGAAGACUUUGGAGAAAAUGUGUCUUGUGAAAGCAAUACAGAAUCUCUUACUACUGAGACAAAAUGUAAGCAAGAGACUAUUUUUCUUUCCUUUCAAAACAUGCACAAUUUGUUUAAGGUGGCAAUGUCCAUGAAAAAAUAACAUGGUUUUUCCUCUGAUCACUAUAUCAAAAAGGCAUUUGAUAAUUCCAAUUUAUUGGGAGUUCAA